AUCUGUGUUAUACUAUAAAUGAAAGUUUAUACUAUGCGUAAAAUAUGGAUGUACCUGGACGUAAAUUUUUGUACGAACAAGGAUCCGAGGAAUUUGUAGAUAUACCUUGUAAACCAUGCGAAGAUGAAGGCAAAUAUACGGCAUCUAACGGAUUAUGUCAAGAAUGUGAAGAAAAUAUGUGUUCAACUUGCUUCAGACAUCAUAAGAAGGGGAAGUUUUGUAAAGAUCACGUGUUGCUUGAUCAUCGAUAUGGUGGUAGUAUACAGAAAGGAGCAGGUGCGUCUGAUGAAGGGCUAGAAAAAUGCCAACAACACCUUAAAGAGUUAAUCAAGUUUUAUUGUCCAACUCACGAACAGGUUGGUUGCGGGGACUGUAUGAUUCUUGAGCAUAAACCUUGCAAAGUUGAAUAUAUUCCUGAGAAGGCGACAAAUUUCAAAGACAGCAAAUCCUUUGAAUCGGUUGUCAAAGAUGUAAAAGGUUGCAACAAUCAAAGUCAAGAAUGCUUGUCAGCAAUACAGUUAAACAGGAACGUAGCCGAGACUGUACAUGCAAAGUUUAUUGAUGAUGCAGAAGCAUUUAGGGAUGAAAUUGUCAAUCAUGUUAAUAAACUAACGGCUGAUAUCUGUGCUCAAGCGACAGAUAUCAAAUCAAAGAAUAUUAUUGUCUUCGGAAAACUUGAAAAAGAAGCUACUGAUAUUUCACAUGAAAUAAUUUCAAUGGAAGAAACACUGCAGUCGCAGCAAGAUCAGCCAAACAAACUGUUUGUGGCCUCAGUACAGAUUAAACAGAAGCUGAAAAGCUUAAAAGAGAAGUUAGAUGAAAAUAAGAAGAAAAAUGAAACAACUGAAUACAGUUUUCAAAGAGAUAAUCAAUUAAAAAAUGCAGUAAUGCGAUGCAACGGUCUAGGACUUAUUCAGCAUUGCCCAGACAAAGAACAAGAUAUCGAUGCAAAGCUUGAAAAUAGUCUGUUAACGCCAGAAAAGGAGGCAAAACAGGCAACAGUCAAUAUUCCAAAGGCACAGCCUUUAUUGGAACGGAAGCUGAGAAUCGACAACAUUCAUGUAGAUGGUGACUGUCUUAGUUUUAACAGUGGUAACCCUACGGGGAACUUAAACGGUGUGUACAUUGGUGAUAUCAGAAUGACAAGUGGAUGCUAUUUUGAAGUAGAAAUCAUAAGAAGUGGUGGCAUGGCCGGAUCUGUAGGGAUAGGCAUUGUUCCUAAAGAUUACCCUGAGAAAGACUUUCCUGGAUGGCGAAAAUUUUCAGCUGGUUACCAUUCAGACGAUGGACGAGUUUUUAUUGAUAGUGAUUUUGGAGAACCGUUUGGACCACCCUGUGGUGAUAAUGACACAAUGGGCUGCGGGAUAGCUAACAUGUCAGCGGUUGGUGUACGUGUGUACUUUUCAAGAAACGGACGACAGAUAGGAGAAAGGUUAUUACGUACACAGAAAACGCUCUACCCGGCAGUUGCUAUGGAUACGUAUGGACAGAAAGUAAAGGUUAUUUUGGAAGCAAAAGCACCAGAUACUUAAAUUAUUAAAGACUUUGACAUAGUACACACACACUUAGGUCGAGAAAGGAGUGAAAUGGCUUAAGCUUUUGAAGACUUAUAAAUAAGUUAGAUGUGAAAUAACGAGAGAGAGAGAGAGAGAGAGAGAGAGAGAGAGAGCGAGCGAGCGAGCGAGAGAGAGAGAGCGAGCGAGCGUGCGUGCGUGCGUGCGUGCGUGUGUGCUAAAGUCUAAAACAGAAGGCGGAAAGAUCAUUGAGAGGUAUUUAUAACUAAGGAUUAACUAUGACUGCUGGACUGGAUGCUUAGCUGAACAUCGAAUUCUUGCAUGAAAAUGUAACAAUCGUCUACUAUGUAUUAUGUAUUAUGACUACAUGCACUAGGCGUUUGCGUACAAAAUGUAAAAAUAACAUGCAUCGGAAAGUUUAAGCCGGAACUCGAAUUGGACUCGAUACGGUGGUUUCACAUCGGCUUGUAACAGUAAAUAUGAUAAUGACAAAGAUGACAAAAACGCUACAACCUCCACACAGAGAUUAUAAUAUAUUUAUCUUGUUACUGGUUUUAAUUUACGAUAACUUGACAGUGAGGUUACAAAGAUCAACGAUGUUUAAUGAUUAAAAUAGGACAAAUCAGUGUCAAAUAUCAGCUGUAUAAUAAUAUUUAGUCAAGAAGAAACAAAGCGUUCUGCAUCGCAGUGAUAACCAGCAAUACCUGUCAAUGAAGUAUAACGUUUUUAAAAGUAGGUUUGUCAUUUCCUUUUUAUGUUUGCAUUUUUAUUAUAUAUUUUAUUAUGUGAGGUAAAGCCUGUUUUAGCUUAACAUUCUACAGUUGCGUUGGAAUUAUACGAUGGGGUGUGCAAAAGGAAUGAAAUGCAAUAGAAAAAAUCAGCCAUAUGCUAAACUGGACAACUCUGACAGAGAAAAAGUUGAAAAAAUAGAUUACUUGAGUAAACAACAUAUUGAUAACUUGACCUCCCAGCCAUAUUCAUGUAUACCAUCAUGGGUAAAAGUCUAAGUACUCCACGCCACGUGUGCGUGAAAAAGAAUAAGAAAGAACAUUAGAUCAAUAUAAGUUAAGUUUCUGAAAAAGACUUAUUGAUAUCAUAUUACCCUUGAUUUACCUUUGGAAAUUACUUAUAGCAGAUGUCGCGUAUUCAAUAAAACUACUAACAUUAUCAUAGAUAUCAUCCAGUAAGUGUUUUGCUGUUUAUCUGUGUUACAUGCAAGGAUCAUUGUGAUUGCAAAACACUUACUGGGUGACUCAUAGCAGAUGACGCGUAUUCAAUACAAAACUACUAACAUUAUCAUAGAUAUCACCCAGUAAGUGUUUUGCUAUUAAUUCGUUUAUCUGUGUCAUGCAAUUAUCAUUGUGAUUGCAAAACACUUACUGGGUGACUCAUUGCAGAUGACGCGUAUUCAAUACAAAACUACUAACAUUAUCAUAGAUAUCAUCCAGUAAGUGUUUUGCUAUUAAUUCGUUUAUCUGUGUUACAUGCAAGGAUCAUUGUGAUUGCAAAACACUUACUGGGUGACUCAUUGCAGAUGACGCGUAUUCAAUACAAAACUACUAACAUUAUCAUAGAUAUCAUCCAGUAAGUGUUUUGCUAUUAAUUCGUUUAUCUGUGUUACAUGCAAGGAUCACUGUGAUUGCAAACAAGUAAAAUAAAAACACAAAUUAGUCAGUAUAAGACAUUUGUUAGCAUAAAUGUUUUCUCUUUACUACAAAUAAACUCAACAAAUAUA